AAUCCUCAUUUUCCUACCUACCAACUAACACUUUAAAAGUGCAUGCCUACUUUGCUUUCCAUUUUCAGAUGAAGACAAUCAUGGCAAAGAAUUUCCAAGACCUGUCCUCCAAGAAGCAGUUCAACUGGACAACUACAGUCAGCAUUGAAGAACAACAACAAGUAGCAGAAGAUCCAUUCCUUAAAGCCUCCUCAAACACAAACAACACUGAAGAUGGAAAAGCAGACAACACAAAGUUAUCUCCUUUAAAACAUCCAGAAAUCUCAACCUCCAAAUCUUCUUCCUUAAACACUAUUCAUGGAAACAAGAUAGAGGACAAGAAGUUAAUUCAAGAAUCUGCUCCAACAAGGAGGAAAGCAGUGGCCAGGCUGAAAUCUGUACUAACAUCACUUGGUAGAAACAAAGGAUAUUUCCAACAAGGCCUAGGAACUAAAGUUGUGGGCACCCUUUUCGGACACAAGAAAGGACAUGUACAUUUUGCAUUUCAGAAAGAUUCUAAUUCAAAGCCAUACUUCUUGGUAGAGCUAGCCACCCCUAUAAGCGGAUUAGUCCGCGAAAUGGCAUCCGGAUUGGUUAGGAUUGCAUUGGAAUGUGACAAGGAGGAAGAGAAGAAAUCAACUAGACUCAUAGAUGAGAUUUUGUGGAGGACUUAUUGUAAUGGGAAGAAAUGUGGCUUCGCAACAAGAAGGGAAUGUGGUCCAAAAGAAUUACAGAUUCUGAAAGCUGUGGAGCCAAUAUCAAUGGGUGCUGGUGUUUUACUAGACUCAGGGGAUGUGAUGUAUAUGAGGGCAAAGUUUGAGAGAGUAGUGGGGUCUAGAGAUUCAGAGGCAUUCUAUAUGAUGAAUCCUGAUAGUGAUGGAGCUCCUGGACUUAGUAUUUACUUGCUCAGAGUUUAAGCAUCCAUGCCAAACUCGACUAUUUAUAGUCUUAGAUAAAUAAAUUUUCCUCCUUUUUUUCUGUUAAUAUGUAGUUUGAUUGAGACGAGCUUAAAUGGAGCGACAUAGAUAGUGAGAGUUUAUAUAGCCGACCUCACUUGCUUGGAAUUGCGACUUUGUUGUUAAAUAUGUAGUCCUUUCUAGAGCCAACUACAUGGAGAAAUAUCCAUGUUGUGUUCUGUUUGAAAAGAAAAUCCGGUUAGAAAAUGGAAACUGGUUGAUGUAUUUCUUUUUUCUUUCUUGGGUGGAA